AUGCUAAAAAAGAAGAGGCUUUACUGCUCCGUCCUCUCUCACUCUACAUUAGAUUAUCUUGGACAACUGCCUGUGGAGAUAGCACAACACAUCCUAUGCCAUUGCGACCAUGAAACGCUCCUCACCCUCAGCCAGGUCUCGUCUUACUGGCAUUGGCUCACACAAGAUAGCGCAUUGUGGCGUAAUCUAUACAUGACCCAUCCACACUGGGGUACACGCGUACGACGGAAGCGACGGGUACCUGCCGAUGUUGAUUAUCGAUACCUCUAUCAGCAACGCUUCCUGCUCGAUCGGCGAUGGCAGCAAGGUGACAAGCAAGACCGCACUCUCGUUGGCCAUGCAGACAGCAUCUACUGCGUGCAGUUCGACAAGGAUAUGAUUGUCACUGGCAGUCGUGACCGCACCAUCAAAUGCUGGGACAUGCAGGGCAAGUGCAUCCGCACGUUGACAGGCCACUAUGCUAGUGUUCUCUGUCUUCAAUACGACGACGCCAUUAUGGUUUCCGGCUCAUCCGACCAUACCAUCCUCAUGUGGAAUAUGCGCACCUUCGAGACGAUCCGACGGAUGCGCGGACAUGCUUCAGGGGUUCUGGAUGUUGGGUUCGAUGACGAGAUUAUAGCAAGCUGUUCAAAAGAUGCAACAAUCCGGAUAUGGGGCCGUGAGGAUGGGGAGCUGCGUCGUACAUUGCAUGGACACCGUGGACCCGUGAAUGCCAUCCAGUUCCGUGGCUCGCGGCUCGUGUCGGCGUCCGGUGAUGCUGUCAUUAAACUAUGGGAUAUCCAGACCGGACAAUGUCUACGCGACUUUGUUGGACAUUCACGUGGACUCGCUUGCAUUCGCUUCGAUGGUCGGAGGAUUGUCAGCGGCAGCAACGAUAACAAAAUCAAGGUGUGGGAUGCAGAAACGGGUGAAUGCACCUUAACAUGUACCGGGCAUACGGGGCUAGUACGGGCACUGCAUUUCGACCAGGAUAAGAUCGUCAGCGGUAGCUACGACCAAAGUAUCCGUGUAUGGGAUAUUCGCACUGGAAAGAUGCUGCAUAACUUUCAAUCAUGCCACUCUAGCUGGGUCUUUGAUGUCAUGUUUGAUGAAACUAAGAUUAUUAGCACAAGCCAGGAUCAACGAAUCCUCAUUAUGGAUUUCGCUCAUGACAUGGAUACCACGCACCUUGUUUAA